GUGACUACUCAGGCGGAUACCUGCACAGCGCCGGCUACCCGCAUUGAGUGGCGCUCCCUUUCGGAUGCCGACAGGACGGCGUUCGUGCAGGCGGUUAAGUGCCUGAUCGACCUGCCACCCUCGGGAAGUUUUGCUGGCACCGGCGCGCAGAACCGGUACGAGGAUUUGGUGGCCGUUCACUUGCAAAUGACAGGGUCGAUACACAUGGUCGCACAAUUCUUGCCUUGGCAUCGCUACUACGUUCAUGUCUUUGAGACCAUGUUACGUGAGGAAUGCUCGUAUGCCGCCCCCAUGCCCUGGUGGAACGAACCCCUGGAUGCGGGCGACUUUGCAAAUGCUCCGCUCUUCACGUCUCAGUGGUUCGGCUCUGCUCCUUUGAACAAUGGUCAAGCCACCUGCAUUGAGGCAGGCGAUGGCGAGUUCGGUGGCACCAUGAUUCACAUUGGUGGCGACCAUUGUCUGUCUCGAGCCGUCGACGAGAGUGCGACGUCUCAGUGUAAUACCGACUUCGUCAACAGCUGCAAUUCAAACAACUUGUAUUCUGACAUGGAGUCGUGCUUUGAGUAUGGUCCGCACGGAUAUGGUCACAACGGUAUUGGCGCCGUCAUGUCGCAAGUUGCUGGGUCACCCGCUGACCCCGUGUUCUUCAUGCAUCAUGGAUUCGUUGAUCACAGCUGGACAUCUUGGCAGAAUGCGGACGUUGCAAGCCGCCUCUACCAAAUCAAUGGCUGCUCAGAUACCGCCAGUCCUUGCACGCAAUUGACAACAGAUUAUGUUCUCACUUCCCAAGGUCUGAGACCUGAUGCCACUGUUAAUGAUGUUAUGGACACGAAGGGUGGCUAUCUCUGUUAUGUUUAUGAU